CCUUGGUCUCAUAAUCUCAUUUCUAUUUCUAAAUUUUUGACCUCGUAUCCAUAUCUGGUCUUUCAUUCAAACUUCCAGCCCCAAACCUAGAACCCCCUUUUUUUUUCUACUCUCCCCGCCUCUCGGCAACCUUCGCGCCUCGUGUGUGGAUUGUCCCCGUUCAACUUUAUCGACGGCACCAAUGCAGUCGUUUUGCGAUCUGCUAGAUUGAUACGAUAAAGUUCGACCCGUUGAUCGGUUGGACAGCGCCAAAAAAAAGAAGGGUAGCGUGUCUGACGCGUGUGCGUUACUGACCGUCUAAUUGCCUAUUUUACAACCAGGUACCUAUUCAUCGUCAAUCUAUAAUCAAAUACCUUCGUCGCGAUCGAGCCUUCCGACGGGGAAUUAUCUCUCUAUUGUCGCUCGCUACUCUGCGCAUUUCGAUCAAUACAGAUAUACGGAUAGACGGCGGUAACGGGAAUCUUCAUGUAUAACUGAAUAAGCCAUCCUCGAUCACGAAAACGACGAUAUAAUCAACGAAUUAUCGACUGCAUGAAAAAAGAAGAGACGACUAUAAUAACUGAUAUAGCUUGUUAGCAAGCCCACCUUUCUGACUGCCGUCUGCGAGGGCGUCGCUGAGCUCCAUCAUGGAUCUGCUUCGGCGCGCUUACAGGCGUGUGCCUGCGGCCCUGAAUACGCCCCAGCUUCCUACCGCGGGCGAGAAGAGACCUCAGCUCAACAGGUUAACAUCGCGGCUCGCUUUCUUCAGAAGACCUCUUAGAUUAAAAGGCAACUCCAGCAUUUCCGUUCCCUUAGGCGUGGUGGUUCUAUUUCCAUGCAUUGUAGUUGUCCUUAUCCUCGUAUUAUUCGUCAGGCAUCCUAGCUCUCCAGGGAGGAUAUUGAUGCCUGCUGGUGCUCCUCCAGCUAUCCGUAAGAUCAGCGAAGAACACGACAAGGUAUUCGUUACAGGCUGCCUCGAACCCGACACCACGCAAGAGCGAGUAAAUGGCGCGUUCGUCGUCCUCGCCCGCAACAAGGAGCUCGAAGGUGUUAUUCAGUCAGUCAAGUCUAUCGAGCGCCACUUUAACCGGUGGUACCACUAUCCUUAUGUCUUCCUGAACGAUGGAGACUUCAACCAGACUUUCAAGGAUGUUGUUCGUAACUACACUUCUGCCCCGGUCGAGUUUGGCAAGGUCGGGCCAGAGAUGUGGGGAUUCCCAGACUGGAUAGACCCCAAAGUUGCGAAGGAGGGUAUUGCUAAACAAGGAGACGCUGCUGUGAUGUACGGUGGUUUGGAGAGCUAUCACGCCAUGUGCCGGUUCUACUCUGGAUUCUUCUAUGAUCACCCCCUUCUUGCCAAAUACGAGUGGUACUGGCGUUUGGAGCCCGAGAUCAAGUACUUCUGUGAUAUCACAUAUGACCCCUUCCGUAAGAUGAUUGAGUAUAAUAAGACUUACGGUUUCACUAUUGCCGUCAAGGAGCUUCGCGAGACUGUCCCUAACAUCUUCCGUUAUGCCUCUGCCUACAAGCGCCUAAAUAAUAUCACGUCUCAAGGACUGUGGGAAAUGUUUGUCGAACCCAAGCCGGAGAAGCCGGCUCCCCCUGAGGACGACCCCAACUACAAGCCACCACUACCUGAAGAGAUCUUACGAAGUGACCCGGGCCGAAUGAACUUACCCGAGAUUGAUCCCGAAGCCAUGGAAGGUGAAAGUUAUAAUAUGUGUCAUUUCUGGUCCAAUUUCGAAAUCGCGAAGCUCAGCUGGUUCCGAAGCAAGGAGUACAAGGCCUUCUUCGAAAUGAUGGACCGCAGUGGUGGUUUCUGGAUGGAACGAUGGGGUGAUGCCCCUAUUCAUUCCCUUGCUGCCGGUAUCCUUCUAUCGCCUAAGGACAUCCAUUAUUUCCGUGACUUCGGUUACCGACAUACCACCAUCCAGCACUGCCCGGCCAACGCCCCUGCUCGCCAACUUCCUCGUGAGCCUUUCCUAGAGAAAACAACCGAAGACGAGCGGAAACGAGUGGAAGAAGAUGAGUAUUGGGACCAGUGGGACCCAGAGAAGGAGAACGGUGUCGGUUGCCGCUGCCGCUGCGAUACUGACAUUGUAGACGUUGAGGGUAAGGAGGGUUCGUGUCUGGCUGAAUGGGUUGACGUUGCUGGUGGGUGGGCCAGCCCGUAGUGAGAGUCUGUCGGCUCCAGACAUUUGGCAAUUCCCAUUAACAACAAUUACGGUUGGAUACCAAGUAUCUUCUUAGCGAUCUUUUUCCAAGGCAUUGCCCGGCACAGAAUUCUAACGAUGGAACGACGAUUGUAUUUGGUCUAGAUGUGCUCUUGGUCGCUUUUUGCCCGCGGGAAGGGGUGCUUAGAAAUGUUGGGUUUCGGAUAACGGCGCAGCGAAGGCUGAUAGGAGUGUAGCAUAUCACGUAUUAAAGGGGAUAAAUCGUCUGCAACUUAUAUGGCCUGGUGGUUUUGCCAUAGAAAGGCGUCACGAACCUAGAGGCGGUUUGAUAGGUUACUUGUCGGUUACCGCCUAGGUUAGGGACGGUAAGCAUCAUAAUUGUGCAUGUAGAAGAGCUGCACCCUCGUGGUCCAGUUGAGUUGGCAUACUAUAUUGGGCUUGACAUCAAUCGUAUAUAAUAUUCUCGUGUUAACAAAGUGAUUCGCUGUUCC